AUGGCGGGGGCUAAAGACAACUUGUUUGGCGGAACUGCGUACCAGCCUCAGGGGGAAGCAUACUUUGACGACGGAAGAGAGAUCGAGCUACUCCACUUUAUGUAUGCUCAUCCGCAUCUUAACGAUAUGCGAGGUAACCCUCAAAAGGUUCUUGACGCGAUCGACGAGUAUGGAAAAACUAGGAAAUAUCUCAUGAACAUAGGGGAAUACAAGUCGAAAACAGUUAUUGACUUGAUCAGGGAAGAAAAGCCCAAGGUCAUUGUUGAACUCGGAGGCUACGUUGGCUAUUCGGCAAUAGCUUUCGGCGCAGCAUUGAAGAAUAUCGGAGGUAACCGAUAUUACAGCCUGGAGAUGAAUCCCGAGUUCGCUGCUGUUAUUUCCAUGCUUGUUGAUCUAGCAGGACUAAGUGAUAUUGUAAAAGUGGUUGUCGGCCCCAGUUCUGAUUCGCUCAAGCGGCUAUUCAAGGAGGGUACCUUGAAUCACAUAGAUCUCCUAUUCCUUGAUCACUACAAGCCCGCAUACACACCGGAUCUCAAGACCUGCGAAGAACUUGGACUGGUUUCUAAGGGAUCUAUAUAUGCCGCUGAUAACGUAAUUAAACCUGGAAACCCGGUGUAUUUGCAAUAUGUCCGAAGUACAGUACAGGAGAAAAGGCAAAAUUAUCUCAGAAUAGAUUCAAGUAGCCCCCGAGGGAACCCCGAUUUGAUAUAUGACAGCCAACUGAUUGAAGGCUGGGAACCUAGCGGUGUACCGGAUGCAAUUGAAAUCACGCGAUGCAUAGGAAUAGAAGCUUGAAGGAUCGGUACUCGCAUAAGAAAGCGAUGGCGGCCCAGUACUGAGAUAGAACGGUCAAACAAUCUACACGAUAUGGAAUAACACCACCGUAGAUUGUUUCGUACAUUAUUCCGCAGCACUUGUAUAGUGCAUAAUAAAUAAGGUUGCCUAAUGAACCAAACCAGUAGCGGAUCAAUCUUAGGCGAAGUUUUCAAAAUUAGUAGUGG